AUGGUUUGGAGCGAAGAGCAUCGCGGCUUUGCCGUUCGCACGUUUUUUGAAAGUGGCCGUUCUUACAUCACGACUCAACCAGCGUUCCGAGUGCACUUUAACAUUCCGCGUAAUGAUCCCGUUCCACAUCGCAAUGUUAUUGCAAGUUGGGUUCUUGCGUUGGAAGAAACUGGUUCAACACAAAGGCCUAAAGGUAUGGGAAGACAGAAAACAGCGAGAACUCCCGAAAACGUCGCAGUAGUGAGGGCAGCUGUUGAACAAUCACCAACACGCUCUGCCCGGAAACACGCAACUGCGUUAAACAUGUCUGAUCGCUCUGUUAGGAGGAUUUUACAUAAAGAUUUAUUCUUCCACCCCUAUAAAAUUAUGUUGGUUCAGAAGUUAAUGCCUCCAGACUUUCAACACCGCGUGAAUUGCGCUCAAGAAACUUUAGAACGUAUCCCACCAAGGUCAACCUUCUUCAGUAGUGAUGAAGCCCAUUUCCACCUGUCAGGUUCAGUUAAUAAACAGAAUUUCCGUUAUUGGUCGGACAGAAACCCACAACAAGUUAAUGAGCGACCUCUCCAUUCCCCGAAAGUGACUGUAUGGUGUGCGAUUUCCAAAUUUGGUGUUAUUGGACCCUACUUCUUUGAGCAGGAUGGGCUUACAACAAACGUGACCGCUCAGCGUUACGUUUCGAUGCUGCAAGAUUUUUUUGAGCCAGAAUUGAAUCCGUUGGUUGAAGAACAACAUCUUGAGGAUAUUUGGUUCCAACAAGAUGGGGCUACGGCCCACACAGCACAUGUUUCAAGGACGAAAUUGCGGCAGAUGUUUCCUGCGCGUCUCGUGUCUCUGAGGGGUGACCUGCGGUGGCCUGCAAGAUCACCUGAUUUGUGCAUUUGCGAUUUUUUCCUGUGGGGUUAUCUCAAGGACAAGGUUUUUUCGGCAUCGUCCUCACAACUUGGAAGAACUCAAGAUCCGUAUUAG